CUAAAACCAAUCUUUCUCUAUGUCGACACGAGCAUUAAGAAAAUUACAAAGACGACAGCAAGAGCUAAUUUUUGAGUCUUCAGAGUCGUCAGAAUCUGAAACUGAUUCAGAUGAGGAUGUUUCUCAUUCAAACCAAAAAAAGAAGGUCUUGAAUCCGUUUGACAUAUUGAAUGCACAGGUUAGCAACAAAACUGAGACUCUUGAAGAAUCGGACACGAGUGAAUUGGAAGAUGAUAUACAUUCAAAUAAUGAAGGAAAUAAAAAGAAUAUGAAUAAGCUUUCGGAUUCCCAAAGAAAACCGAACAGAAAGAAACAACAAAAGAAGAAGAACAAGCCUGAAGCUGCAGGCAAAGAUACGGAAAUUGUAGAUAAACCAAAAGAGGAUACGGUUGAUGAUGAAUUAAAGGAGAUUGAUGAAGCUGUUGCUGAACUGAAGCUUAAGUAUGGCGACGAAUCCAAAAAAACCAAGGAAGAAGGAGCUCCAGCAACAGAUAACGUUCCUAGUGAAACAAAACUAAAUAGUGAGCUAGCAAAGUUAGUAAGUGUCAACAUAACUUUCCUAAAUCCUGACUUGGAGAUCCGGAAAAUUUUUGGACGAAUCGUUGAAAAAAGACCAGUGAAUGCUAGACGUAGUAAUGUAAGGAGAAAGCGAUACGUGUUAGUUCAGCCUCAAGAAGGAUGGCCCGUUCUAGCUAGAUCUGGUCUUAGUAUGCGGUUAAUCGAGCAAUCCUCAGAUGGUGUGUGCUUUUUCGAAUUUACCCAGAGUCGUGCCUAUCAAGAAGUCCAAGAAACUUUUGAGUUUUAUGUUCAGAUUUACGAUCCGAAUAAUUUAUUUAUGCUUUUGCGUUCACACCCAUUUCAUAUUGACACUUUAUUACAAGUCGCCGAAAUUAUCGACCAACAAGGAGAUCAUGAAUUGCCAGUUGACCUGAUUGCACGCGCUUUAUUUGCUUUUGAUAGUGCAUUGCAUCCAAAAUUUAAUCUGGCUACAGGUACUGUUCGUCUUCCUUUUAUUUUCCCCACAAACAGAAGGCUGUAUCUUUGUAUUUGGCGGUACAUGCAAAGCUUACAAAGUCGUGGAUGUUGGCGAACCGUUUUCGAAUUUUGCAAGGUUCUUUUACAAUUAGAUCCUUCUGAUCCAUAUGCAAUUGGUUCUUGUAUAGAUACUUACGCUAUCCGACGUGGAGAAUAUGGUUGGGUAGUUAAUUUUGCUAAUUACCUUGAAAAUACUAAUCAAAUAACUAAAAUGCCUAACAUGUUUUAUUCUUCUGCAUUAGCUAUGUACAAGAUGUAUGGUGAUAUUGAAGAAACCCGCUCGACUAUGCUUGCAGCAAUCGAACGUGCUCCCUUUAUGCUGGGUAAAUUGCUAGAAUCAAUAGGAUUGACUUUUGAUCAACUUAGUAUUCCCGAACCUCAAGAUCCUGUACAGGAACUAAACUCAGAACUAUACGCAAUGCGCUCUCGCGACAACUGGUCAUCUCAUGAUGUUUUGACUUUCCUACAAUCAGUUUUGAAGGUUGAAGAGUUUACCUUAAAACCAAUUCAGGGACAAUACUCUGAUAUAACGGAAAAUUUAGCAAGACAUCUUAUUUUGCUGAAUGAAAGAACAUUACAAAGGUUCUUGCCGCAAAGGAUUUUACAGCGUACCAUUGUGUCUUUCGAUCCUUUGCCUCCAGAUAGUUAUACGGAUGAACCUCAAGUAUUUGGCCGUGAUACUUCUCAUCGUCUAGCUAAUUAUCUUAGCAAUACCUUGUUUAGGAAUCAGCCCGAAACUGACGCUAACCAUAAUGCCCAAGAAGUUAACCAGGACCCUAACCAUCCAGUUCAUCAAGAACUAAUGCGUAGAUUGGAAGAAGAUUUGGGCGAUUCAAGUUCUCCCCAACAUCGAACGUUUAUGUCUAAUUUACGUUCUUUCAUUGCGAAUUUGUUUGUUGCAACCGAUGAGGACGCUACUGAACAAAAUGAUGAAGGUUCUGAUGCUAGCGACAUAUUAGAAGAGUCGGAUUACCACGAUGCUGGCGAUGAAAGACAGGACAAUUAAAGACAACUUUUUGUUACAAAUUUACAAAUAUUUUUUUGGGUUUAAGAUUUCCUCAGUAAUGUGUAUAAGACUAGUUUUCAGUGAAUAAUUUUUUUUAAAAAUUUGAUCUCAUUCAAUAGCAAGCA